CCAGCCCUCAUAUACAGUACUGCACCAUGGCUAUGUUAAUGUUUGUCUAUAUGUAUCUAUCGUAUCCACUGGCUCUGUAGUAGUCAUUGUCGCCUGUUUGUGGAGCCUCUGCCCGCGGUCCUGAGUGCUGUCUGCAGCGUCUAGAUGUCUUGGCCGAGAUGAGUGUGAAGGCCUUUGAGCUAGUCCCCGCUGUGGAGCGAGACCUCCUCAUGGGCGACAAGGCUCGCAUCAACAUUGAGUGUAUAGAGUGCUGUGGGAAACACUUGUACGUCGGCACCAACGACUGCUUCAUCCACCACUUCCUGCUGGACGAGGUCACAUCCCCCAAAGGGAAACCCAGUUACUCAUCUCAGAAGCUGCUUCACAAAUACCUGGGCCUCAAGAAACCCGUCGCUGAGCUGCGAGCCGCCUCCGCUUUGGAGCGUCUGAUAGUGCUUUGCGAUGGGAUAGUGUUUCUUGUCGACAUGGUGACUCUGGAGACUGUGCCCUCAGCGGCAGGAGGUGGAGCCAAGAUCAGAGGUGUGACGGCAUUCUGCGUUAAUGAGAACCCGGUGAGUGGCGACCCGUUCUGCGUGGAAAUGGGUGUCCUCUCCUGGAAGCGACGGACAGUGCAGAUUUACAUGGUGUAUGAGGACAGAGUGCAGCUGGUCAAAGAAGUGACCACGCCUGAGCAGCCCUGCGCCGUCAGUCUUGACGGUUACUUCCUGUGCCUCGCCCUCGCUACACAGUACAUGAUCCUGAACUACAACACGGGAGCCUCCCAAGACCUCUUCCCCUACAACAGUGAGGAGCGGAGACCCAUUGUGAAGAGGAUCGACAGGGAGGAGUUCCUCUUGGCGGCACCUGGUGGUCUCGGAAUGUUUGCCAAUGCAGAAGGUGUAUCCCAGCGGGCUCCAGUUAACUGGUCGGAGAGUGUGAUCGGUGCCACUGUGUGCUUUCCCUAUGUGGUGGCUUUGGAUGAGAGUUUCAUCACCAUCCACAGCAUGCUGGAUCAACAGCUGAAACAGACCCUUUCAUUCAGGGAUGGACACAUUCUGGAGGUCUUUGAAGGGAGGGUCAUUCUGGCUUCCACUAAAGCUGUGUAUGUUCUGGUACCCUUGCCACUGGAGAGACAGAUUCAGGACUUACUGGCCAGUCACAGAGUGGAGGAGGCACUCGUCCUCACAGAGGGAGCACAGAGAAAUAUUCCCAAAGACAAGUUUCAGAUUUUGCACAAAAGAAUCCUCCAGCAGGCGGGUUUCAUACAGUUUGGCCAACUUCAGUUUCUAGAAGCAAAAGAACACUUCAGGAAGGGUCAGCUGGAUGUUCGGGAGCUGAUAUCUCUCUACCCACUACUGAUGCCAGCUUCCUCUUCAUUUACGCGCUGCCACCCUCCUCUCCACGAGUUUGCAGAUCUCAACCACCUGGCACAGGGUGACCAGGAAAAAGUGCUCCGGUGCAAGAAAUUCCUUAUCAGUUAUUUGGGAGAGGUACGAAGCACAGAGGUAGCCAACGGAUGCAGAGAGGAUGUGGACACAGCUCUGUUGAAACUAUACGCUGAACAGGAUCACGACAGCCUUCUAGACCUGUUAGCUUCAGAAAACGCCUGUCUGCUAACAGACAGCGUCCCGUGGCUGGAGAAAUAUCACAAAUAUUUUGCACUUGGGCUGCUCUACCAUUAUAAUGGUCAGGAUUCAGCAGCGCUUCAGUUGUGGAUUCGCGUGGCUGAUGGGGAUCUGGAGGACCACACAAGAUCUGACCUUUAUGAGUAUGUUGUGGACUUCCUCUGCUCCUGCUCCAAUCUGGAUCUGGUGUGGAAGUAUGCAGACUGGGCUUUACGGAAGGAUCCCACCAUAGGUGUCCACAUCUUCACUAAGAGGCCUGGCAGUAAAGAUCAGUCAGAUCUGAACCCUGAUGAUGUCGUUACUUACCUGGGAAAGCACAGCCGGGCGCUUCUUCUCUACCUGGAACACGUGGUGCUGGAGAGACGGACACAGAAGGAGCGGUUCCACACUCACCUGGCUGUGUUGUACCUGGAGAGGGUCUUGUCAUUGCUGUCAGAGUCGUCAAAAAACGAACAGCAGCUGACCAGAGCGAGAGAGAGGCUCCAAGCUCUGCUCAGGGAGUCGAACCUCUACCGUGUACAGUUUAUUUUAGGUAAGAUGGAAAACAAUGAUCACCUGCUGCUAGAGCGUGCAACACUACAUGGAAAACUGGAGGAGCAUGAUAAAGCUUUGCACAUAUUAGUGCAUGAGCUCAGAGACUUCCCGUCCGCAGAGGCCUUUGUUAUAUGGGCUUCUUCCUGUCAGGAUUCUGCUUACCGACAGCGGCUGUUUCACCUUCUCUUGGGAGUUUAUCUCGACAGAACCCUUACUGGAAAAUCAGCAGCAGGCGUCAGCAGUGGAGACCUGGAGAUGGCGGCAGUGGACCUCCUAAAUCGGCACGGGGAGGUGUUCGACGCAGUCCGCGUGCUGCGCAUGCUCCCCGAAGGCUGGUCGCUGCAGCUGCUGCGUCCCUUCCUGGGUCGAGCCGUCAGGGCCAGUAUGCACGCCUGCCGCACCUCGCAGAUCGCUCUGGGGCUGGCCCACUCUGAAAACCUUCAACUGCUGCAUGACCGGUUGAAAGAGCGGAAGAAACCGAUCCUUGUGUCCGAGAAGAAGGGAUGCCACCUGUGCCACAACACCUUCAGCGAGCCUGACGUGGUGUGCCUGCCAGGUGGAGUGCCUGUCCAUACUCACUGUGUCGCCCAGAGAGUCAGGGACCCUCCCACAAAGAGACCGUUAACUAAUAGCAGUAACCAUACGUGAGACUUGAACCCCUUCAAACUACAAUUUGAUCUGUGACCGGGAGGCACCGAAAUAAAGCAGGACUGUGUGAGGACUGUGGGGACGAUGAGAAAAAAGCACAGAACACCCGUUUGCCCGAGUAGAGCUGGCUGUGGAGUUGAUGAGAAACACAAAGAAAGCUGUAUGGGUUUGAAAGAGAGGAAUUGAGUUUGACACAGAGUGCGAGGGAGGGAGAAAGAUAUUUAUUCCUGUGCUGAAAUUAAACUACACUUUCAGACUGUAAGUUUUUAUCGCUACAACAGCUAAGUGUGAACGCACCCUUUAAUCCAUUUCAACGAUGAAUGAAUUGAAGACUCCUCUGCUUCUCUGUGGGUUCAGUACUCUAUCUGUCCUUGUAUUGUUUCGACUACAGGACACCAUAUCUGAAUCCUGCUACAAAUAUUUCUUGAGCAUGAACAGUGUUACCACUCCUACGGUUCUGGUCUACUCUACUCAUAUAUGGGUAUUGUAUUAAUAUUGAUCUAACUUGCACAUUGAAGUGUUGGGUUUUAAUGUGAAGUACUACAAAAAAUUAAGUCCUUUACGUCUGUCUUUUACUCUCUGAAAUCUGGUCUCACUGCUGCUUAGUUUCCUCUCAGCCGUCAGAGAAAUGGAUGUGUUUUCCAGUCGGUGGCUUACUGGCAGCAGUGUGAUCCAACACCCCCGCCACCAUUAAGUUUUGAAUGUCGUGCGAUCGAGGCUAUAUCGGUGUGUAAUCAGUGUAAAACACUACAUGAAACCCUGCAUAGUUCUGCUAAACUUUAUUAAGUGUAACCAGGGAUUCAGAUCAAUACUAAAAAAAACUGCAUUAAAGAAUGAAAUCAGCCUCACCCUCUGAAACGAUUAAAUCAUCUUUAUUGAUAAUAAGUCAGGAGGCACAUUGUGAAACAUGACAGUAAACGCUAUGACGCCGCUGAUAUAUAAGUAUAUAUAUAAGUGACAGCUACAUGAAGUCAUCAUCAAUCAUCAAAUCGUCUGAAAUCGAGCUUCAUGUUCUUCUUCUUUGAGUAGCAAAUAAAUUAAGCGGGAUCUUCAAUGCCCGCAGUCAUAAAUCCAUUUUAGGUGUUUGUUAUUUCGAGUAAUUUCAGCGAUAUAGAUAAAGUUAAUUUGAAUUCGGCUCCUACAAAAACUAAUUUCAGUUAUUUCCAACUGGUUAAUUUAUUUUAAUUUUUUUUUAAACAUUUCACUUAAAAAAAAAUUUAAUCACAAGAUGGCAGUAAUGUGUAAAAUGAGAUGAAUGUGAUUUACUGGUGAAAUUACCAAUCCUCCUCCUAACCUGCACUAUUUUAUUACAUCUUUUUUUUCUAUCCAGCAUUUCCACUAAUACAGCAUGGUUUAAACAGAUACUCUACUCUGGUUCAGUCAAUGUAAACUCACUGCAUCCACUGUUCCAUUAAACACUGUACGAGUGUAGAUCUUUGACAGCAAACCUCCAAAUUAUAUGUUUGAUAAGGAUGUUUUGUUUUUACCAUAUUCUGUGAUCACAUCAAAUUAUCUUAAAUAAUAAACUGUAAAGGAAAAUCUCAGAGCUGACCAGAUCAAAUCCAAUAGGUCAUUGAACAGCAGGUAUUAAAAUGUUUUUUUAAAAACAUAGCAUCCUCUGCUUUGAUUGGUAAAGAACAACUCGGGGUUUGAUAAAUCAGCUUUCAUAGCUGCUGCAGUGCUCGAGUUGCGACUUUAACCUUCUUACCAUAACACCCCUCUCAAAAAACGAAAAGAAACGUAAAUCAACGCAUUUUAUUCUAAUGCAGCCCUGUAAUUCUUCACAGGCUUGUCAGAUCAGAGCGCCACUUUGUCCUUGAGUGCUUUCCAAAGUUUGUUUGUGUCAAAUUACGAUAAACUGCAGUGUGGACCUUUUUUUUUUUAUAAAUGUUUCUUCCACUCUGACUUAUCUAAAGACAGGCUGCAUUAUGUGUUUGUGUUGCUACGUUGUCUUAAAAGUCACUUCAGAAAGAAAUCAGGGACAUCCUACCUGCUGGAGGUGAUGCUGUGCUGAAAAAGUGGUUUAAGUUUACCAACUUCAUUCUUGGAAAAAAAACCUGCUCCUCGAGGUGGCCGAAGGUGCAUGAAUUCAGUUACCCCGUUUCUGUGGAGUUAUAAAAAAGAAAAGAAAACAACAACAAAAACUCUAAAUGUGGUUAUGUAAAGCUGCCGUACACAAAAUGCACUCUUUAUAAAGUAACAUUUUUGUGUACUUCCAUGUUGUUGAUUUUAAUAUUUAACACUUUUCAGUCAUCCAAGAUAUGUGCUGAGGUCUAUCUUUCACUGAAGAUAAUUUACAGUUAUAAAGAUAAGUGAUUUAAACGGUCUUAACUUCCAAAAUCAGAAGGUUUGAAUCUCGUAAAACAUAAACUGGUUUCUGAGAGAGAGAAAAAUGGAAUCCCAAAUCACAGCUUCAAAUUUCUUAACGUAACAAAAACCAAACGAUCAGCAAACUUUGUCUCCUCGGUUGUUUAUUUGUAACUAAUUCCCAAAUUGUUAACUAAACUAAUCACGUCACUGUUGUGGGUUUUGCUUGGUCCUCUGGUGCCUGUGCUGUUGACGCUCGCCUUCUGUAAUCAUUUCUGUGGGGAACUUUGUGCAAACGUGGGACUAUUUUUCUAACAUGAAGAUCAGGAUAUUGUAGAUACUGUAGGUUUGACUCACUUUCCAUGACAGAAAUUCACAGCUUACUGCACAGCAUCUCUCUGUCUGAACUAUUUAAGUGUAGCUUGCUUAAAAAGCCCCGCCCAACCAUGACGACAAUAAUAAAAAAAAUUAAAAAAACGAUACAGUUGCGUGGAAAAAAAGCUAUUGUAUUUCAUAAAUAUAUGUAUACUGGUAUGUAUAUAUUGCAUUUGUACAUGUUUCUUGCUUUCUAAAUCAAUGCCAAUGUGGAUGGAGUGUACAAACUGUAAA